AUGAAUGGUCCUCGUCGAUGUUCCGCUCUCAACGAUGUUCUUCCGAAUCCUUGUGUCUAUCGAGUCUACAAUAUAGCCACAGGCAAGAUCUAUGCAACAAGUAAUUGGGCCGGCUCUCUCGACAAUCCGAUCAACGUCACAACGAUCGAUAUCAAGAACGAUCACAAAACCGAGUCUGUACGGUACGACAAGCUGGCGGAGGGCAACGGCGGAUCUGCUUUUUACCCUCCAGGUACACCGGCGAACUCUAGUGAAGGUCAGCAGAUCGUAUUCUCAGCGCCCAUUGCACAGAAGACCUCUGAGACAGCCAAGCUCAACGAUAUCACCAAGGUGUUCGUGCCUGGUGGAAUGUACAUCUUCAAUGCGUAUAAGCUGUGGAAGAUUACCAUCAAAGCAGAGGGACGCAGCGUCAAGCGCGGGUUUGGCUUGUACUGA